AUGCCUCACUCCGUUCCUGUGCCCUUUUCUGGGUUCCAGGCCAUCAUUUUGUGUGGUCCUGGAGUCUCGCUCAAUACUUUCACAUCGAACCCUGAAGAAUUCCCCAAAGCUCUUAUACCAAUCGCCAACAGGCCGAUGGUAUGGUAUCCUCUCGACUGGUGUUAUCGAAUGGGUAUAACCAAUAUCACAUUAGUGACUCCCCCCGCUAGUCAAGCUCCUCUCGAAGCAGCACUUUCCCAAAACCCACACCUUACGUCGCUUCCCGCACCUUCACCAUCCGUCCUAGCACCGAGUGGAUUGACUUUGACAACCGGUACCGCAGAGUUGCUUCGAUUCCCCGAGGUACAGUCAGCCAUAAAAUCCGACUUCGUCCUCUUACCAUGCGAUCUGAUUUGCGACAUACCCGGAGAGGCACUUCUUGAAUCAUGGAUGGUAUCACAAGCUUCUCUUAGCGGAUCUGGAGAAGAGCAUGGCUCUAAACAUGGGGGUAGCGUCAAGUUUGCGGACGUUCGCGGGGAAAAUGCUGGACGCAGAGGUGGACUUGGAGUAUGGUAUCAGACGCGGGACAAAGAAGAAAGUGUCAAAGGAGAGGUUGCAGACUUUGUUGCGACGGCUCCGUUGGACCAGAAUGAGGCUCCCGCUGUAUACCCUCCUGUUGACGGGCCUGGGUCGAUACGGUACAACCUUUCGAAGCUGGUAUAUGCUAUGCCGAUGGAUUCUCUGAAAGAAAAAAUGGAAGAGGAGAAAGGACUCUUGAUUAGACAUUCACUCAUCAACAAGCAUGCACGAGUCAAACUAUUGACUACGUAUCGUGAUGCGCACAUCUACGUAUUCCCUUAUUGGGUCAAGGAGUUGGCAAGAAGAAACGAAAAAUUCCAGAGCAUAAGUGAGGAUUUGGUCGGUUGGUGGGCGAAAGCAGAGUGGCAGAAGGGGCUAGGCGAGAAGUUGGGAUUGAGGGAGAUUUUCGAAGAGGCUACGAAUGCAGCAGACAACGCGAGUCAUGACGGCAAUGAGGUCGAAGAUGAAGUUGACUUGCGGGCGAUGAGUACGACCAAAGCCUGUACUGGAGAGAUUGAAAACAUAGAUAUUACAGGCGGUCUGACUAGACCACGUCUAGCUUCACGAGUCAACACCAUGACCUCCGAAGCCGAUUUUGACAUUGCUGUAACGGCUCAAAGCAAGAAUUCGAAGCUAGCUAUUCCGCCAGUCUUUGCCUACAUCCACUCUUCGCUGCCCUCUGCGCCAUUAGUACGCCGCGUCGAUAGCUCGGCUCUUUUGCUCUCUGUUUCGCUCAAGCUAGCGAAACUAGAAUCAAUCGAAGAAGUCGGUCGUCCCAACUCAUCACCGUUCGCGCACGCCGCCAAAGUCGCAUACCCCGCCGGCAUCGCUCAACGCUGCACAGUGACCCGACAAGAUUGCUUACUCGCCGAGAACGUGACCGUAGAAGAAAAGUGUGUUAUCAAGGAGAGCGUCAUUGGCGCAAACUGCCACAUUGCAACCGGCGCGCGCCUAACGCGCUGCGUCGUGAUGGCAGGCGCAGUGAUCGGUCCGAGGUCUGUUCUGACGGGCUGCGUGAUUGGCAAUCGAUCCAAGAUCGGACGUGAAUGCAACCUCAAGGAUUGCGAAGUUCAAGAUGGGAAUGCAGUGCCCGAUGAGACGGAUGCAAAGAAUGAGAAGUUCAUGGUCUUUGAGGGUCUUGAUACUGAGGAUGGCGAGGAGGGCGGGAUGAGUAUGGAUGAAGAUGGUGAGAUGGGCGGUGAUGAUGGAAAGGGGUUUGAUGAAGGGGGCACAGAUUUGGGGUUUUAG